AUGAACACUAACACUCAAGAAGGGGUAGAUUAUAGGGAUUACGAAUACCAUGGCGCCAAUAAUGGCAAAAAAGUGAAUGCUGCCACAGAUUAUAUCCACAAUAAUUCAACACUACCCUAUCCUACAGAGGAACAACCAAAUACAAAUGGCACAAAUAUUUCUACUAUCGGCACUACUGUUCCUAGGGACCACCAAAACAACAACAUAGUAAUUAAAACAUCAGUACUUGAUCCAGGCAAAGUUGCUACCGUUACUACCACAAAUAGUAAUAAUAUUCCAAUAUUACCAAAACAUAGACCACCACGACCAUAUCCAUCAUACAGAGGAGUACCAUCGCUACCGAAUAAUCUUAUUAUAACUAAUGCGGCAAGGAGCGACGAUUCACCUAGUGAGGAGUUUAGUUCUACUACACCUACAACGGCGCUAUUUACUGGUACUACUCCCAUCAACAAUUUUACUAGCACAGACUCUUUUCCUGUACCGCCUGACCAAAUCAAUCCACAAAACAGUGUAGUGUUUCCUAAAGAUCUAGCUAGAAUUGGAAGAUUUCGUGAUGUGUAUGAACAAGUAGUUAAAGAUACAAAAAUUAAUCAUAAAUUUACUUUAUCGCUUCAAUUCAAAUGGUGCCUUGUAUUAAUAUAUUAUAGUUUCAACAAUUCCUUUUUGCAACAUUAUAAUAUCAAUGCUGUAGAACUACCAAGACCGUUAAAUGUGGAAGAGGAAAUGGUUAAAAAUCAAAAGAUCAUAUUAGAGCAUAGUUUAAAGGUCUUGAGUAAAUUAUGUUCCAUGGACUAUCCAUUAGCUCUAUAUUUUAUGGGUACUUUGUAUUCGCAUCAAUUGGACAACGAUUUAAAUCCACUUUUAGAUGAUACUCAUAACGAUAAGGGUAAUAAAAUUGUGGUUGAUUGUAAAAAAAUACUACCCAAAAAUGAUAUCAAGGCAUUAGAAUAUUACGAGGAAAGCGCUAAACAAUUAGAAAUCAAGGGUGUUUAUAGGAGUGGUGUAUGUUAUGAAUUGGGGAAAGGUUGUCCCAGCCAUGACAUAGAGAAGAGUUUGCAAUAUUAUCAGACUGGAUGGUUUGAAUUACAUGAUAAACUAUGUGGAUUUAAAUUAGGCAGUUUAUUGCUUAAAUAUAACAAAUAUGAUAAUGAUAAUGUAUCUUUUGCUAUAGAAAUCCUAAAACAAGUUAAUAACGAGCAAAGUUUAUUUGAAUUGGGCAAAUAUUAUGAAUUAGUUAAAGAGUAUCAAGCAAGUUUGGAACAUUACCAUAGAUCAGCGACAUUAAAAUAUCCAUUAGCGUGUUGGAAAAUGGGACAAAUCCAUGAAUUUGGAUUUAGUGGUAUCAACAACUUAACAGUGAUAGAUCCAAUCAAAAGCUUUAAAUGGUAUAAUAUGGUAGAAACGCCAUUAACUUUAUUGGGGUUAUCUGGAUGGUAUUUAACGGGGAUACCUAAUUUUUUACCAAGUGAUGAAUAUAAAUCGUUUGAAUUGCUAUUAAAAAGUAGCAAGUUAGGCACAAAUAGAAUCAAUAAGAUAGAAUAUGGAUUAGCAAUAUACUAUCAGUAUGGAAUAGGUUGUAAUGUAGACAGUAUUAAAAGCUCACAACAUAUGUAUAAAGCAGCACGAUUAGGACAUCAGGGGGCGAUAGAAUUUGUCAAGAAUCACAAAGAAGCAUGGACUGGUAAAUAG